AUGACUCGAGCAAGGCCCGUAGGCCCGUCGAUCACGCAAAUGACCAUCUCGCAGUUGCUGGUUCUUCUGACUGGCUACAUCAUGGACCUGCAAAAGAUGACCUACCUGGGGUUUUUGCACGACAACCAUUUCGGGAACCUUCUUCUGGUCGGAACGGGUCAGACCCAGAGCCAGAUGGCCUGGCAUGACUUUGGUGCUCGAAGCUACUUCCAAAACGCCACGAAAGAACAGUUCGAGAGCUUUAGAGAGCACUUCGACAUGUGCUACGACACUGUGAUUGAACAUCUUCGGAGUCGCCGCGGCACGGGAGGCCUCAUUGCCGAGUUGGGCCAAAUCAAGUCGGAGUGGAGCUUGAAUGGGAUUGUCAGGGUGCGUGGCGUAUCAGACGCACUGGCCACCCUCGCAGAGAAGUUGCAGCAGGUGAUCAUGGAAUGGGCCGACGGCAGCAUCGACAUCCGGCGUUCGGUGCUGCGAGCAUGGAGCCGAGCAUUGACACCAACAAGAGCUGAGGAACUUCGUGAUUUUCUGGAGCGAGGCGCUACCUUGGCGCCAUCCACUGUCUGGGUGCGGGAGCUAGACAGCAAGGACAGGACGAUCACCGCCAAGUCUCGUCAAGAGGGCGAGGAUGAGCUCGAGCCGGCGUUUAAGGUGGAGUCGCCUCAGGACCACCCACGCCUCAAUGAUGUGGACGAUUUGAAAACAGCCAUCAAGCAGAAGAACCCCGUCGGUCUCAAGGACGUCGAUGCAAGGAAUAUCGACAUCUACUUACAAGAAGCUGGAGCGUGGCGACGCGUCGCAGGCGCAUCGACCUCCCUGCGUCAGGACACCAGCGAGCAAGAUUGCUACGGCUUUUUGCCGCGACCGGCAACUUGA